UACACACUCAAACACGACUCCAGCCUCAAACACAGAGAUAGAUCCCCGUAAUUUUCGGAUGCCGCAAGAAGUAUGGCGAGCACAUCUCCUUCAGUAAUGACUGAAUCCCAGCCGGCUUCGGCGGCUCAGCCCGUUGCUGCUGAUAAAACCCCUAUUCAGGUGCUUCACGAGUACGGCUCCAAAACAGGCAGGCUGCCCGUGUACGUUAUGGAGAAAACGGAUGGAGAGGCUCAUCAGCCUUUCUUCGUCUUUAGCGUCACAGUAGGGGACAUCACCUGUACAGGUCAGGGGCCGAGUAAAAAGGCUGCCAAACACGAGGCAGCAGAAGCGGCUCUGAAAAGGCUAGACCUGGACACUGAAAAUAAGCCCAUUGCUCCAAAUCCAGAGAAUAAUGGCUAUAGUGCUGAAACAAAUGACCAACACAAUCCAAUUGGCAUAUUGCAGGAGCUGUCAAUGCAAAGAGCCUGGCGUCUGCCGGAAUAUGUUGUGUGUUUGGAGGUGGGGCCAGCUCAUAAGAAAGAGUUCACAGUUACUUGCAGAUUAGAAACACUUUCUGAGACAGGUUCAGGGAGCUCUAAAAAGAAUGCUAAGAAGGCAGCGGCAGAAAAGAUGUUGGAAAAACUACAGAGUCUUUCAGGCUCUUCUGAAAUUACAUGGUUGUCUUGCAUCUCUCCCCAGUGUCCAAAGCCAAACGUGUAUCUGGAGAGUUUGAGGACUUCAAAGCUAGAGAAGGUUGCUUCACUGCGGAGAAAUCCUCUCAGUAUCCCAAACACAGACUAUGUACAGAUGAUGCUGGAAUUAUCUCAGGAGCAGGGCUUUGAGGUUACUUAUUUUGACAUAGAUGAACUUACCGUUAAUGGGCAAUACCAGUGUUUGGCGGAGCUGUCCACCACACCUGUUACAGUGUGCCAUGGUACAGGAAUUUCCUGUAGUAACGCACACAAUGAUGCAGCUCACAGCGCUCUGCAGUACAUCAAAAUUAUGGCUACCAGCAUGUAAACACCAAACAUACCUACUACAGCCUUCAACUACAUUAAAUAAUCAGCUUUCCCAGCAGAUUUAUUGAACAUCAUGAACAACUAAGUGCUAUUACCUAAACAAAUCCAGAGACAGAAUCACUAUGUCCGUUGCUAUGAUAAAUGUGCAAAAUUAGACAUACAGUCAUGUGAAAGGAUAGUCAGGUCAGGCCAACGUAGGACGCUUGGCUCAAAACCAGACCACAAUCAUAUAGAAGUUUAUCCUGCCUCAGUUGAAGAACAUAAAUGUACCAUCAGAUAGUAAACUUGUUUGGACAGUCUCACCUGGACAUGUUGGCAGCUGUUUCACUUGUACAAUACUUUGCAGGCAGUGGAAUGAGAAUUUGUGGAACAAAAAUACACUUUGAAAACUGACUAAUGAAUUGAGUCAGUUACAGUCAUAUAUUACUGAAAACAUGCGGAGCAGUACUUAGCAUAUGUGCUGUUCGUGGUGCAUUCUAAAUUCCCUUUGGUGUCUGUUUAUAAGUGUACCUUAAUAACCUGGCACUAAGUAUUAUUCAUCUGCUCUAAUCAUGUUUUAUUUAUUUGCAUGUCAUUUUAUUUUUAGACAUAAAGUAACAUGGGGCUACAUUCAAUUUUACUAAUGAUUAUCAAAAGCUGUUUUUCUAUUUUAUUUCUUUAGAUCAUACAUCAAUUUAGCAAUAUUUACAAAUUAAGAUCACAUGUUUAUAUGUUCAAGUAGGUUGACAACAAAACAUUUCAUGGGAUAUCCUGAUAUUUUUUCACAUGACUGUAUGGUAAACUAAAAUCAUGUUGAUACAUUUUAGAAAAAAGCUUUCAGGUGGUGCUUUUCUGUAAACACACCCAGAGUUGGCUUGUAAAACAGUGUUGAGUUAGCUCUGUGAAGCUAAACACAUUUUAUUUAACUCCCUCAGAUGUAGAUGUUUGAGUAUUUAUGUGACUUUUAGGUAUGUGUAAAUGUGGUCUUUGUAGAGCAGUGUCUGAGUGUUGCAGAGUGUUGGAAAAAUGAUUUCUGAAAAAGUUGUGAAGCACAACAAAUUGAAAAAGAGAAUCCAUUUAUUUUGUAAAGGGGAUGUAGAAAAGCAUGAUCAUUUUUUUUAGAUAUGACAUUUAUUUUUAAUGUGUCUGUACGCAAGUCAGAUGCUGUGUGACACUGUGUGUGAGUAACUGUUUUGAUUGUUUUUUAUUUAUUCCAGAUAUUCAUGAAUAAAGAAUAAAAAAAUCUUAGUCUCA